AUGCCCGAAACGCUGCUGUCUAUUCUUUGCAGCGAGCCCUGGCGCUGGGACUCAUUUGCAUCCAGCGAAAUCGCCUUUAAUCCAGACGGGACCGGAAAGCUAACAUGCCGUGCGGAGCUCAACAUCUGGAUCGCCGCCGAGAUUGAGUGGAAGGCACACGACGCCGCCUCUCUGCAGCAACAACCGCAACAACAACAAAUCAUCAGCACAAGCCAGCAAGACGCCGCUCCCUUUGCUGCUGGCCCGAUCAAAAUCGAGAUGACGCUGACCAAGCGCCGCAUUCCCCAUUUCGGAGACCGAGGCGCCGACGUGUCGUCGUCCUCGUCGUCGUCGGGACACGGCAUCAACGAAGAGGCCCUGGAAGAAGCUGCUUUCCUGCCCAAGACGUACACGCUGCGCCUCGAGCAGGGCGAGUUUCACGCGCAGUCGUACACGCCGGAACAGGCGCCGCAGCACACGCCGCGUUUUCAGCUCCGUCUGACGUUUGAUCCGUCGCCGUACCCCCCGCGGGAAGAAUGGCUGCGGCCGGAGCGUGCGCCGGAUUCCAUGCGGUUUUGGGAAUGGACCCAAUUUUGCAGCAGACAAAUUGGCUACUUUUAG